GCGCCGCUGAGCGCGGCCGCGAUGCUGAGCUGCGACAAGAUCCGGAUCGACGGCCACAACUUUGACCUGUCGCCGCUUGGAGGCCCGCACUCGGUGGUGACGUCGCGGUUCGAGUCGAGCACCGAGGCGCACAUCAACACGACGUACACGGUCGACAUUUGCCAACCGCUCAAGAAGAGCGGCAAGGCCAAGUCCAAGGAGGAGUGCCCCAACGGAACAAGAGUGUGCGCUAUUACCCGGUUCCUCAAGGGCGACCAGGACUCCGUCACAAAGGUCGUUGCCAUUGCGGGCGGGCUCGAAAACGCCGGCGGGUCGCAGUUCGAAUACGAGGCGACGAGGCUCAAGACGAGCGACUCCAACUCGGACUCCCAGAAGGAGGGUCUCCGGCUGGUUCUCAAGGGCGGCAAGCACCCUCUCACCGGCCCCGUGUCGGAGCGAAGGACCCAAAAGGCCGUCAUUGAGUUUCUGUGCGAUCCGGACAAGACGGGCACCGAGGGCGAGUGGGCUUCCGAGGACGAGUACGAGAAGCCUUCUUCCGCGAAGCGGCGAGCUGAGGAUGACAAGGGUGACAACAAGGACAACAAGGACGACAAGAAGGGGGAUGGCGACAAGGACGACGAGGGCAACCAGGACUCGUCUAUUGAGCACCAGCUGAAGAACAAGGAUGCGGCGCUCAUCUGGGAAGACUAUGCCAAGGAAAAGGAUUUCGAUGUCUUGCGGCUGACUUGGUACACCAAGUAUGCUUGCGAAAAGCGGGAUGGAGGAAAGGGCGAUGAUCACGAGCCCAGCGAUUCGAGCGCAAGCUGGGGCUUCUUUACUUGGUUUGUCAUUAUCGUCUUCCUCGGCAUUGCGGCCUACCUGAUUUUCGGCUCCUGGCUCAACUACAACCGAUACGGCGCGCGAGGAUGGGACCUCCUGCCCCACGGCGACACCCUGCGCGACAUUCCCUACCUCCUCAAGGACUGGACACGCCGGGUUCUAAACACUGUCCAGGGCGCUGGAAGUCGAGGAGGCUAUAGCGCCGUUUGA